GAGGCUGCCCAUCCCCCCCCGCCGGCCUCCUGAGCGCCCCUGCUCGACCCUGCGACCCGGCAACCCUGCUUCUGCACUGCCUAAAAGAAUUUGGCCUUUCCCGCUGGGGCCGAAGCCGCCUUUCCAGCGGCGACCAUUCAGCGGGGUAGCGUCCGGCAGGCACGAGGCGGCCGCCGCCGCGCCACCCGGAGACCUGGCGGUGCGUGGUUGGGCGGCGGGGCAGCCUGCCUCCCUCUCCUGCUUAGCUCGGGGCUUGUGAGCAAAUCUUUUAUUUGCUCUCAAAGGAGAGUGUAUUGUGUUAACGCUCAUUUGGUGCUGCUGUAUUACCUUGUUAACUCCUUGAAGAGAGUCUACUUAAAAGUGACUACUUGAAUUUCCCAGCUGCAGAAUAUGUAGUACCUUUAAAGGUUGGCAAUGAUGAGCAAGCUGGAAUCAAAGGAAGAUAAGAUGCUGGAGGUUCAGUUUGUGGGAGAUGAUGAUGUUCUUAAUCACAUUCUUGAUAGAGAAGGAGGAGCUAAAAUAAAAAAGGAGCGAGCCCAGCUUUUGGUCAACACAAAAAAAAUAAUAAAGAAGCCAGAAUAUGAUUUGGAGGAAGAUGACCAGGAAGUUUUAAAAGAUCAGAACUAUGUAGAAGUUUUAGGACGCCAUGUUCAAGAAUCCUUGAAAAAUGGCUCUGCUACAGAUGGUGGGAAUAAAGUUUAUUCUUUUCAGAAUAGAAAACACCCUGAAAAGAUGGCUAAAUUAGCUUCAGAACUAGCAAAAACACCAAGAAAAAGUGUUUCAUCCAAUUUGAAGAGUGAUCCUGAAAUUACCACAGACAUUCCUCAGUGUAGCAAGGGGCAUUCUGCUUCAGACAAAGUUCAGUUGAAGAACAAUGAUAAAAGUGAAUUUCUGUCAACAGCACCUCGUGGGCUAAGGAAAAGACUAAUAGUUCCAAGGUCUCAUUCUGACAGUGAAAGUGAAUAUUCUGCUUCCAACUCGGAGGACGAUGAAGGGGUUGCACAGGAAUAUGAAGAGGACACUAAUGAAGUCAUAUUGAGCGAACAGAUUCAAGCUCAGAAUAGAGUAGUUUCGGCUCCUGUUUGCAAAGAAACGCCUUCUAAGAAAAUGAAAAGAGAUAAAACGAGUGACUUAGUAGAAGAAUAUUUUGAAGCCCACAGCAGUUCAAAAGUUUUAACCUCUGAUAGAACACUGCAGAAACUAAAGAGGGCUAAACUGGAUCAGCAAACUUUGCAUAACUUAUUGAGCAAGGUUUCUCCUUCCUUUUCUGCUGAACUUAAACAACUAAAUCAACAAUAUGAACAGUUAUUUCAUAAAUGGAUGUUGCAGUUACACCUGGGGUUCAACAUUGUGCUUUAUGGUUUGGGUUCUAAGAGAGAUUUACUGGAAAGAUUUCGAACCACCAUGCUGCAAGAUUGCAUUCAUGUUGUCAUCAAUGGCUUCUUUCCUGGAAUCAGUGUGAAAUCAAUCCUGAAUUCUAUAACAGAAGAAGUCCUUAAUCAUAUGGGUACUUUCCGCAGUGUGGUGGAUCAGCUAGACUGGAUAAUAAACAAAUUUAAAGAAGAGUCUUCUUUAGAACUCUUUCUUCUUAUCCACAAUUUGGAUAGCCAAAUGUUGAGAGGAGACAAAAGCCAGCAGAUUAUUGGACAGUUGUCAUCUUUACGUAAUAUAUACCUUAUAGCAUCUAUUGAUCACCUCAAUGCUCCUCUCAUGUGGGAUCAUGCAAAGCAGAGUCUUUAUAACUGGCUCUGGUAUGAAACUACUACAUAUAGUCAUUAUACUGAAGAAACCUCCUAUGAGAAUUCUCUUCUGGUUAAACAAUCUGGAUCACUACCACUUAGUUCCCUAACUCAUGUCUUACGAAGCCUUACCCCUAACGCAAGGGGGAUUUUCAGGCUACUAAUAAAGUAUCAGCUGGAUAACCAGGAUAACCCUUCUUACAUUGGACUUUCUUUUCAAGACUUUUACCAGCAGUGUCGGGAGGCAUUCCUCGUCAAUAGUGAUCUGACACUUCGGGCCCAAUUAACUGAAUUUAGGGACCACAAGCUUAUAAGAGCAAAGAAGGGAACUGAUGGAGUGGAAUAUUUAUUAAUUCCUGUUGACAAUGGAACAUUGACUGAUUUCUUGGAGAAGGAAGAAGAGGAAUUUUGAAGCUCUCCUGUACUCUUGAAUCUUCUGUGGAAGAGUUGUACCCCAGCUGCCACUCCUCUAGUCUAAAGUGUUGUGUUUACAUCCAAUGUUAGACUCUUUUUCCAAUGUACAAGAUUUAAAAUUGGGAGGGGGAAUGUCAUCAGUUAGAACCUUGAUUAUUAGCCUGGCUGGUGUACCAUCCUAGUACUAUGCAGUGGUCCUCAAGUUGGAGACAACGUGCCUUUCAUUCAUUACCUCUCUGGAGACUCCUUGCUGGAAGGGACAGUGUGCUCAGGGACUAUUUGGAACUGGAUGUUUUGAAUUCUUUUAUACCAGAGAUGAUAUUCCUAAUAUUUCGAGGGCCUUUUAACACUCCUGGAGCUAUUUGCAAAUGUGCUUGUUCCAGAGUGUGGAAGUACAAAGACACUGCAGCAUCACGUAAAUCGGCUUUAUCUGCUAUUCCAUGUGUCAGAAUUGAAGAGUAUAACAGAGAAGGCAGAUCCUCUCUUACUGUUUCUGAAAUGGCUUAACAAAAGGUGUAAGACUGGGGGAAAGUAGGUGAUUCAGCUUUCUCCUUUUGGAUUUAGGCUACCUGCUGAUAGAGGAAGAAGGAGCAUGACGCUGUUCAGUUGGGAGAGCAGGAAAAACAUGAAGCGUAUAUAGGGUGCAUGCCCAUCCCAGAAAGCACAUGAACAGUGACAGAUCGCGCUGCUCAGGACAGUUAAUGUCUGUGCCGUCACCUUCAUGAUACAAGUUAGAAGCCAGGCUAGAGAAACACAAACCUGAAUUUCAUUUUAGUUAUUUUUUCAAGGCAGCAGAAAAUAAAAAUUUAACUAUUCUUGUACAUCAACAUGUUUUUCUUUUCUUGAAUAACAUGCAGAUGAGCAGCAUAUUAAUGGCUGGCUUUAAAUGAAUUUGAUUUCUCUAUCAAGCGGGCCUAAAAUUCACUGUAAGACAUUUCAGUUUUUUUCUUAAAAUGACAAUUUCAAACCUCCUAAAUACGCAAGCCUUUUUUUCUCUUAGGAAAGAAAAGAAGGCUAAUCUUGGCCACUGUAGUCAGCUGAUAGUCUUCACAUACUCCCUGAACUAUUUCAUACUUGGAAAUGAAAUUCUUCAUUAAAAUAUCACUGUAAUAUACUGCAUCAGCAUUUCUCACUCAUUUCUCAUCUUGUAAACCCCUUUUAUGAAAGUA